UUUGUGGCAUGCUUGUGGUCACAUGACAUCUCCCAUUUCCUUCCUCCUCCCUCCGGAUCGCGAAACUGCCUGUGUUCUUUGCACUCUGCAAACAUGUCCAUUUGCAGAAAAUUCCAGGGAAGGUAUUUCAUAGAGGAGGUGGGCGUGAAGCAGACCAGCAAGGAGGGAUGGUAGCCAGAAUUCUUGGGUUUCCAGUGUAGAGUGUGCUGAGUUGCACAUAAAGAAUUAGAGGUCUCUCACACACACACACAUUCAUGACAACUGAAAGAAGAUGAAGUAAGAUCUGCAAAGAGACAAGACUGGCAUCUUGAUCCACCUGUUCGCUCUCCUCCCCUGGCUCCUGCAUCCAGCCCAAAAUGGAUAUUGAUGGUUACUUACAACGGAUCGCGUACCGGGGGCCCACUCAGCCUUCCCUGGAGGUCUUGCGCCACCUGCACCGUUGCCACCUCCUCUCCGUGCCCUUUGAGAGCCUCAGCAUCCACUCCGAGGAACCCAUCAGCCUGGAACUGCCUCUUCUCUACGAAAAGAUUGUCCGGCGCCACCGGGGCGGCUUCUGUUUUGAGCUGAACGGCCUUUUCCUGUGGCUACUGCAGGCCUUAGGUUUCGAUGCCAGAGCCAUGGCCGGGCGCGUCCGGAACCGCUUCACAGGCCGCUACGGGCCCCCGUUGGACCACAUGGUGAUCUUGGUGCACCUGGAUGGGCGCCGUCUUCUCUGCGACGUCGGCUUUGGGGAAGGUUUCAUGGAGCCACUAGAACUGAGGCAAGAGAUAGAGCAGGUCCAGGAAAAUGGUAUUUUUUGGCUGAGCCUGAAAGGGGAUGCCUGGGUCUUGGAGCGCCGGGAAGUUUCUGGAAAGGAGGGGAGGCCUCUAUACAAGUUCACCCUUGAUGAGAAGAAACUGGAGGAUUUUGCUGGCAUGUGCCUCUAUCACCAGACUUCGCCCAGCUCCAUCUUUGUGUGUAAAUCAUUCUGCUCCCUGCACCAAGAAGAUGGUGGACGUCUGACCUACAUGGGUUGGCGUUUCAUUUCCACAAGAGGAGGGGAGCGUACAGAGACCGUCCUGCAAAGCGCUGAGAUCCUGGCAGUACUCCGUGAGAAAUUUGGGAUCACAUUGAACCCGUCCUUCAAGCCAAAGGAUGAAGAAAUCCUGCCGCCUCUUGAGGAAGAUUGAGGGUUUGGGAAUGCUUCUCACUUUAGGUAUUUGUAGUGCAGGCAUUGGGAAAUGUGUGGUUUUCUAGUUGUUGUUGUUGGAGGUCAACACCCAUCGUCCUUGAUCAUUAGCUAUGCUGGCUAAGACUGAUGGGAGUUGCAGUCCAACAUCAUCUGGAGUGCCACAUUUCCCACCCCUGUUGUGAGAUUCUGAGUUGGUCAAGAUAACCUAUCAACAGAGCUGGCCCUACCAUGAGGCAGAGGGAGGUGGCUGCCUCAGACAACAGAUGGCAGGGGUCAUCAUUGCCAACUCAACCAGGUCUGUCCAUUCUUUCUUGACCAUUACCAUGGUGAAGGUAAUUCUUACAUGUCUCAAGGCAGCAGUUGGGCCAUGCUGCUGGAAUGAUGUGGUUUGUAGUGGAGGAUGAAAGAGUUAUCCUGCUGCCCUCAAAUGUAGGGUGACCAACUGUCAGGAUUUCCCCGGAUUUGUCCUGGUUUUUGUUCUUUCCAUGGU